AUGUAUCCAAAAGAAUCACUUUUCUUGAAACGAAAAAGUGAUCUUCAUCAUCAGCAGUUAACGGGGUCUUCAUCCCGUCCUGUGCUUUUCCUCCUCCUGGGCAUAGGAAUUGGUUACCUUAUCACUCAGAAUGUCCUAUUGCCUGAUAUAGAUUUUAAAUCAUACUCCAAUCAUACGGAAAAAGGAAGUCUCCUUUCUAUAGACAUGACCGAAAAGGUUCGAAUUUUAUGCUACGUCAGCACAUCAUACCAAGAGGCAGCAAAGGCGGUACUUCGUACUUGGGCAAGACGAUGCAAUAAGCUCAUAUUUUUUACUAACAAGGUGGAUCCGGCACUACCGGGAUCGGUGGUUUUAUCGGAAAACUCUAGCCUUCGAGAGUCGUGGAAAAAUACCAAGAGUGCCCUUAAAUAUGUCUACAAUCAUCACUUGAACGAUGCCGAUUGGUUUCUGGAGGCGGACGAUCAGACCUAUGUUUUGAUGGAGAAUCUGCGCUACAUGUUAUAUCCCUUUAGUCCGGAGAGGCCAAUCUAUUUCGGAUCCCCUGGCACUGUGAUGAGCCGGGACGCUUUGCGAAAGGUCGUAACGGUUGCCUUGCCAAAUCCAACCAAAUGUGAGGAAAAGGAUACGGGUUCAACGAUGGGCAGAUUGAAGGAGUGCCUUGACAAUGCAGACGUUGAGGAGGGAAACUCCAGAGACUCGAAAGGACGUAGACGAAUGUACCUCGUCGAGCCACAGGCAAGAUCUAAUAGGUAUCUGCACUACGAAGCCUAUUUUUGGUACUGGAAGUAUAUAACCGUGAGGACCAAAGAUGGCAUUUUUGCUUGGUCUGACUAUCCCGUAUCCUUUCCCUUCAUAAACCAUCAUUAUAUGUACAGUUUUGAAUAUAUGAUAUAUCGGUUAAGAGCCUAUGGUCGAAAACUUGCUAAUGAAACCCUUCCCAGCCCGAUUGUACCACAUAAAAUGAAAGAAAAAAACCAACAAAGUGGGGAAAACGAAGUUCCAUCCGAUUACGCUUACUAAUAAAUAUUAUUUUAAAACACAUUAAA